CAUGUCUUUGUAUUUACGGGGGGAAAAUAGGAUUUCUCAUGAAUAAUUUUAUCCAUGUUGAUCGUAAAUGUCAGUUUUUCAGCAAGUUGCUCCAUUCACCGGUUCAGUGGUUUUGGGCCAUGUCGGAGAGCAAAACGUGCCCGUUGUUGUGUUUCUUGUCAUUUCUUUCCUAUGUGACUGUGUUUUCAGAAAAAACUUUCCCAUGUUCUGUGCCUCAGCGAUGUGCCAACGCAGCAAGUUUGCAAGCGCUCAGACAAAGUGCAGGGGUGGCUGCCGCUUCCCUUCUCUUUUUGUGGUCUGGUGCUUCAAAAUGUUUGGUCGGGAUGAUGCCAUUUCCUUUCAAUGUACCCAGCAUAUGAAACACACGAUAAUGAGAAUCGGAGGAGAAAGGAGAAGAGGAAGGGGGUGGCAGGGUGGGUGGGAGGAUGAGUGAGUGGGCGACAAGCAGGGCUUCCCUGGCAAGUGGGGAUGGGGACCCUUCAGUCCUGCCCUGGAUGUGGACUGGCACGCAGGGCCACACGGAGAGAAGCCCAACAAGCCACAGAAUGGCCCACGGGAGAGAGGGAUGGGCGUCCUCAAACCAAGGAUUUGAUGCCUGAUAUGGGGUGUGAGUCCUGAACAUGGAGAGCUCUUGAAGUGACCAUGGAAAGCCGGCAUCGGAUAAUGCAUUGGGUUGGUGCUUGGCUUUUGCUGCUCUGUUGCCGGUCUGCCUUGCUGCUCAAACCCUCUGCAACGUUUUGGCCAACCCAACUGAAUCAAUCGACGGGCACCACGGCCGAGUUCACCUGCAAUAUCUCCAACGCAGAGGUUUUUGAGGAUUCUGUGAAUUGGUACAAAUUUGAUGCGAACAAGCAGCCGGGAAAACUGGAUACAAGGAACAAGAACAAGUACGAGAUCACUCGCCUGGACACACAGACGUUUCGUAUGAAGAUCCUGAACCUAGAAAGGAACGACAGCGGGGUCUACUCCUGCAUACUGGUCGCUACCCACUCGAGCCUCGGCUUCACGGAAAGCAACCACGGCAACCUCACAGUCACAGAAAUUGCACCAACGCCUGGAUCACCGGAAGAUGAGUACGAGAGUGACCAUGAUGCAAAAGAGAAUGAAAAUGCUGGCCACAACAUCCCUUUGGCUGCCAUUGGGGCAUUGGGACUGGUCCUGGUCUCGGUGCUGGCAUCUUUGUGUUUCUUCCUUAUUAAAGUCAUCCGGAGAAGGCAAGAGAGAGGAAAACCCCAUGAUGAAAACGCUCCGUUGGAAGAAGAGCCUCCCGCCGUGGCCGUGUUCACCGUGGAUUAUGGGGUGCUGGAAUUCCAGGCUAGGAAGAACGCAAGGAGGCCUCCUUUUCCUCCUCCAUCUCCAAAACCGCAACCUUUGGACCAAACUGAAUAUGCUACCAUCAUCUUCCCGACAGAAAAGUCGGUUCCUAUGGAAAAUACGGGGAAGCUGGGCCCCAUGGAAAACACCAAGAGGACUAAAAGGCAAGUGAGAUGGGUUCCCACUGGCAGGCAACAGUUGCAUUGAAGGCGAUGGAUGAAGAUGGGCUCCUCUUCCUCACCAAAUCUGGCCUCCGUUGCCUUUUGAGAUUCUGGGUCGGAAACUUGGAAAUGUUGACAAGACUAUUGGUGAUUCAUCUGCGAAACCAGACAUGGUCUGGGUCACGAUGGCAGCCUAGAAACCACAUCCUCGCCACGGAGAUGCGGACUGGGGUGAGAAAUAGAUUGCCUAUGCCCAAAAUAGACGGAUAAUGAAGACUGAGCGUGUUUUUCUACCCUGGAUGACAACAAAAGUGUGUUUUGUUGCCUCACAACCUCUGAGGAUGCCUGCCAUAGAUGUGGGCGAAACGUCAGGAGAGAAUACUUCUGGAACAUGGCCAGACAGCCCGAAAGACAUACAACAACCCAAAGUGUGUUUUGAUGUAUUGAGACGUCCUAUGGAAGAAGACCGCAACCUCUAUGAGGCUUUUUUGCAUUUCUAAGAUUACUGCGAAAUAAAAACCCCAGCGCCUUUCCCCCAA